AUGAUUGCCGCCUACGGACCGUACUCUGCUUCUGCAACGGGAGGCAAUGGCUGGAGUCGAGACUUCCUGGCUGGUGUGCUGACGAUUCCAGCCACACCUUUCUACACCAACAUUGGACGGUCAAAAGGUCGCAACCUCGAGUACGCAUCGACGAUCCUGUUCUGCAUUGCUACAGUGCUGGUAGGGGCGGUGUACGUGAUCUUUUGGAAGGGACCUGUCUUGCGCAAACGGUCUCCAUUUGCGCAGCAGCUGGACGCCGAGCGAAAAGGUGCACCUGAACGUGAUGGUCACAAGGAAAGGCUGACGGGAUCGCACAAGAGGCCAGUCAGUGGCCUCGGCUCGCGUCGAAACUCGUACUACACGUCGCAGAACGCCGCUUCUCGCAAUGCCUCUCGCAACGCCUCGCGCAACGUUUCGAGAAACCCUUCGAGGAACGUGUCUCGAGCCAACUCGCUUUCUGGCGACAGCAGCAGCGCCGAGGUGCCUGCCAGGACUGCAUAG